GAAUUCCGCAACGUCCAGGGCCUGUCACCCUCGAGGUGGUCCGUCAUGGACAACAAGACCCUGACGUGGCAGACCCAGAGCAUGGAGACCCCAGGGCAUUCGAAUGUUCUUGUCGCGAGAGGUGAAGACGGAGGAGCAGGAUGAGUAGUAGAAGGCCUAGACACCCGACGUUGCGAGCGAAGUCACGGCCAGACUGUGUCCGUGCGGGAGUCACUGAUCCAGAUCGAUAUGGGAGGAUCUCUGGUUCGGAUGCGCGGCGAAAGCCGCCCUGCGUGUUUGCACCAGGGGGGGUCCUACAUAAUAGCGGAUGCUGUGAGGAUUUCGUGAAAGUGUGCCGCCGAUGUUGGUGGUCGGCUUGGUUACAAGGUUCCCUGUUCGCGGUGUCGGGCUCCAGCGCGCGCAUUGUGUGCAGGGAGUGAAUCAAGUGGGCGGGAGGCCCAGAAGAGCCAGGCGCAUCUAAUGAUUUUGCUUCGAUCGAUUCCCACCCGAGGACGCGAGAUGGGACCCCAGGGGAGCAGCGGCCCACUUGGGGCCUGGCGGCGGCAGCAUGCAGUCGUCAUUCGUCGAAGAUGCGAGGCGGGGUCCCCAGGGAGCACAGGCACACUUUUGGCCUGCCGACCGCGGCAUGCAGUGUGUGCGUGGCGGGUCGGGAGUUCUCUUCGUCAACCCGACAGCCCCAGCCUGUUGGGUGGGGCGUGAUCUCAAUCGUCGAUUCUCGUCCCUCCGCCUCCUCCUCGAAGGCGGAGGAGGAGGAGGAGGAGGGUCCUGGCGAUCUCUUCCCUGCAGCCGCGGAUCAUGGAGAUCGUCGGCGCCGCCCACGAGGAGCUCGGCAACAACGUCUCCGAGGUGCCCAUCCGCGUCAAGGUCGAGGGCGAGGACUGCACGGACCUCGGCCUCGUGGAUCUGCCCGGCUUCCGGUCCUACGCGAAGGACGCCGCGAUGCAGGCGCUCAGCCUGAAGAUCGACCAGCUCGUGCUGAAGUUCAUGCAGGACGAGAACAACGUCAUGCUGUGCGUCGAGGAGGCGGGCGACGCCGCGGGCUUCGCCACGCUGGGCAAGUGCAAGCAGGUCGACCCCUCCUACCGCAGGACCAUCCUGGUGCGAAACAAGCUGGACAAGUACUAUGGUGAUCUGACGACCGAGAACAUCAACAAGUGGCUGGAGGGCUUCGGCGACCUCCCCAGCAGCCUGGCCAGCGGGCAGCGUAAUGGAGGCAAUGUGGCAGUGGCAUCUCUCACGAGGCAGAUGCGAGAGCUUCAGAUCAAGUGCGACAAGCUGGCAGGCCAUGCAGGUCGCGGCCCAGAAGGGGCGGGGCAGCUUCGCAAGGAGCUGGUCGACGCACUUCCGUCCACGGUUGCUGCGCCCCCUCUUCAGUUGGACACGGCAGACGAUUUGGCAGAAGGUUCUGAAGAACAAGCCAAGCUCACUGCCCUGUUCGGCUCCGGUGGGUUCAAGAUGUACCAAGCGGCGAUGGCCAGGAAAGCUCAGAAGGCAGUUCCUGUGGCCAGCCCAUUUUCUCCCGAUGGUAACGGUCAACCCUUCGUCAACCCCGUCGGCGCCAUGGCCCUCGGCAAGGGCAAGGGCAAGGAGGUGUCUGCUGGCUUCCAACCGCACGGAGCUGGCGGCGCAGGCGCUCGACGCCAGGCCGUCGGUGGAGGCGAAGGCGCUGAUGAUGAGAUCAUGCACGACCCGAUCACUCUCAGCGAUGAGGGGAUGGAGCAGAUCUUCUUCGCGGCGCAGAGGUCCGACAAGCGGGCCUGGAGUGGGCAGCUCGCGGCCUUGCUUGCCGAGCGCCCCCUUGCCGCGUCAGCCCUGUUGCUUUCGGCCGCCAUGGAGCCGGGUGUCCCCAGGAGCGGCAGGGGGUUCCUGCACGUUGUGGUGUACGGUGCCAGGGCGCUGCGCGCCGCGGACUUCCACAUGCUGAGGAAGUCCUCCAGCGACCCCUAUUGCGUGGUGAAGGUCGGCGAGAGCAGCAUGCGGACCCGGACGAUCCGAGAGGACUUGAACCCCAGGUGGGAACAGGCCUUCAGCUUCCAGAUCGGCAAUUACCUGUCAUGGCCCGUCCUGAUCUUGCUGGGAGAGUUCGGGGCGGCUGCCCAGUGCCACCAGAGAAUGCCCAGGCUCCUUUCAGUCAGUGUCAUGGACGAAGACCAGUGGACCAAGGACGACCCGCUGGGCUGUUGUGACGUGUCUCUCGCAGAAGUGUUUGGGAAUCCUGGGAAGUGGAUCGCGAGCGAUGUGGCACUGCAGCAGUCAGCCAAGCGGAAGGACAAUUGUGGGAAUGUCUCGAUUUCUCUCUUCUGGCAGCCAGUCUUCCUGGCCCGAUAUACUCGGAGCAUCAUUGCCACCAGUGGUUUCGCGGUUGCCUUCGCGCUCUUAGGCAUCGGAAGCUUCUGCCGAUGGCAGCCCGGCGGACAUGGCCAGCCACUGCACGAGCCAGGCGUGCAAGCCGCGUGCGUUCUCGCUGCUCUGCUGAGCCUGCUCGCCACCAUCGUGCAGUUCAUGGUCGCUCACAUGACAUCUGGGGUGGAGCUGGACAAGCUCGCUGGUACCAAUGGCGCGGCGCUUGGGCUGUCCACUGCGUUGGGAGGGACCCAGGCGAGCUCGAAUGUGACUGAGCCCGGCAAUGCUGCGCUGCUUGUGAAGCUCAAGCCGGCGAAGCUCACCUCGUACGAUGUGUCCGUGUUUCCGAACACGGAUUUCCUCCAGCAGCUCCACCUGCCCGUGAUCAUCGUGGCGCGGCUGGUGCCGAUCGGGGUCAUGGCCCUGGUCGCGCUGGCCCUGGCGCUGCAGGCCUUUGGAUCGUCGCUGUUCCUGCAGCCCGGGGCGCCCUACGCUGCGGAGCUCAAGAGGCAGCUAUCCGAGCACGAGUACCGCGGCUUGCCCAGCGCCGGCCGCACCUUGUCUGGUGUGCGCUUCCAGGUAGACUCUCUGGGCGUACUCUACCGGCCCCCCCCGGACAUCCGGGCUGAUCCCCAGAAGCCGUCCGGGGAGUCAACUCUGCAGGGCGGUGCGCGCUCCGCCUCUCGCGAUCUGCGCUGGUGGCAGGUGGAGGAUCUCAAGCCGAGCCUCGCGCAGGCGGUGUCCCUCCCGCACUGGGCGGGCGCCGCCGCGCCGAAGCCCUUCGGGCAGAUGCGGCAGGAGUGCGCCGACACCGACGUCAAGACGCUCCAGGCGAAGGGGGCCUCGCAGAAGUACAUGGCCUCGAUCGGGUUCCAGAACUUCAGGCAGUUCAUGGAGGUGAAGAUCCAGCAGCUCUUCGCCGACGCGUUGCAGCCGCUGCUCUCGCGGCUGAACUCGAUGAAGGAAGACACCAUGGAGAAACUGUCCUUGAACGCCAAGGAGUCUGAAACGAUAUGUGAAGACAACAUAUUGCACGCCACGCGGUCUGCGGGAAUUUCCUUCGCACAGAGCUUCAACUUUCUCAUGGAAGGCAGGCUGUCGUCAGAGAAGAACCGGAUCAAACUGGAAGACGAGCUGAAAGCUUUCCAUGCUGAGAUCUUGAGCAAAGGCACCCUCAAGAUCGAGGAGAUCAUCCCAGACAUGGACCAGUUCGGAACUUUGGACGCCUACGUCAACUACCUGCGCGACGACGUAAAGGUCCCUGGCAUGGACAUUGAGUUGAACGGAGGCGCGCAGUUCAAAAGACUCAUGUACGAGGUGGAAGUGUUCGCCCGUUUUGCUGGCCUCGGCCAGAAGUUCACGCCUACCGACGUGAUCCAGGCACGCGGUUCUGGCAUGAGCCAGCCGUCCUGGUACGGAGUCAUCAACACGUUAAUGAUGAAGAACGCCCCGACCAGGAUGCAGGAGAAGACGAAAUACGUCGGCGAGCGCCUGAAAUGGUUCUUUACGCAGCAGAAGGAUGCCACCGUGGAGUUCAUGCUAACGGUCAUGGGCUCCCCCGAGGAGCAUCUGUUCUCCAAGCUCAUCACCGAGCAUGCGAAGGUGCUCAUGCGAAACGACACCAUGAAGGCAUGCGUUUACAAGGCUUACGACGCCGCCUGCGAGAGCCACCGGGUGGAGUUCAUGCAGAUGUGGGUCGACUACAUGAACAGCAUGUUCCAGGCACCUCUGACCUUGCUGAAGUCUGGCACCAUGCCUCCUCUGGGAGACGACUACGAGGAAACCGCCCCCACCUUCGAGUCCACCAAGCAGCGCAUCAUUGAGGAGCGCCAGGGGCGCGGCAAGAUGCAGAGGGAGCUUCAGGAGGAGAUCAAGACGAUUCCCGAAGACGACUCCCGUGCAAACGAGUCCGUCCAGAUGGUGCAGAAGAUUAUCGAGAAGACGUUCCGUGCUAUCAGAUGCGUAGUUGCCGACCAGAUGCAGCUCUAUUCUGAGUCUUUCUUCUUGAUGCCCAUGCUGCGCCGUCUCGAGGGCGUGAUGGCUGCCAUCGAGCUCGAGGAGGACGACGCGGCUCGGUAUAGAAUGCGCAAGACCAUCCUCGUCGAAGAAAAGAAGAAGUUUACUGGGCUGGAGGGAGACCUGCAAUACUGCACCGACCAGAUCCAGAAGUUCAAGGUCAUCUACGGCGGGGGCCAGUGA